AGAAUGCCAGCGUAUUGCACUCAGCGUCAUCCUUUCCAAUCAUUCAACUCUCCUAACUUCCUCUCGUCUCUCGAUUAUCAGCCUUGAACGCAACAGAUACACAGCUCUCCUUGCUUCCGGGUCUGUUUCGACUUCAUGUAGUGCCAUCAGAUCGAAACCGCCACCCUCUCUCGAAAGCGGUACUCAGCCAAACGGAGCUGGGCUUUUUCACUUCGAAUUGCUUCGAAAAGGCACGAUCAUACGUCUGCACGUCAGCGGAUGUAUGCUUUGAAGGAUGCACAUGCCCGUCAUUGUUUUAGCCUUGGUCGACUUUCGUCUCGUUCUACUGUACUCUUGCUGGCUGCCCCAUUAGGACUUCGAAUGGUUGUUCUAGGAGAUCUUAAAAAUCUCGCUGGCAGAAGCGCCAGCAGAGCCUCGACUUUGUCCUCUCGUUCCCCUUCAAUCUCGUCUCAACUGCGGCAGCAUAGUCGUUUGAUACUUCACUACCGGCGGCAACUCAGCCUCGAAAUCAACGAUGAUACACUUCAAGAAGCUCCUUGCACUCGCCUCGCUCAUUCCGGCAGCCCUAUGCCAGGGCCCGACGGUCAACAUCGGAUAUGCGACCUACCAGGGCUCAACUGACGCCAACGGCGUUAGCGCUUUCCUCGGCAUGCGAUAUGCCGCCGCACCGACUGGCAGCCUCCGUUUCGCAGCCCCUCAGGUGCCUGCGAACGUUUCGGGUGUGCAGCAGGCGACGGCUCUCCCUGCCCAGUGUCAGCAGGCGCAGACGGGUACAGGUGCUGUUAGUCUCUGGCCGUACACUGGUGGUACCUCGAACGGGCCGGAGGCAAAGUAUAUGUUCAAACAGAAGCGAGAUGUCGCUACAGACGAGGAUUGUCUCUUCCUCAACGUUUACACCCCUGCCGACCUCACCAACGAUGCGAACGCAGGAUUGCCCGUCAUUGUCUGGAUCCACGGUGGAGGAUACAUCAGUGGUGCCUCGUCACAGUUCAAUGGAGUGGACCUUGUCCUAGACGCGGACAAGGGUGUCGUCGUUGUCACCAUCCAGUACCGUCUCGGCAUCUUUGGCUUCUUGGCUGGAAACGAGGUCAUCCAAGGCGGCGGUGCCCUCAACGCUGGUUUGCUUGACCAAACGCUCGCUCUUGAGUGGGUACAGAGCUACGUCAGCCAGUUCGGCGGUGACCCGACCAAGGUCACUAUCUGGGGCGAGUCUGCAGGUGCCGGCUCCGUUCUGCAGCACAUCGUCGCUAACGGCGGUAACACCCAACCACCUCUGUUCCACCAAGCGAUCACGAGCUCAACCUUCCUGCCGUCCCAGUAUGCAUACAACGACACCAUACCUGAGGCCAUCUACAGCUAUUUCGUUCAAAACGCGAACUGCGGCUCCGACACCAAUUCCUUCCAGUGUUUGCAAAACGCGGACGUUGGCACCAUCGCCAGCGUGAACCAGCAAAUUAACCUCAACGGAUUCUUCGGCUCGUUCACGACUGUGCCUGUUAUUGACGGUAGCAUGAUCAUCGAACGCCCAACUCAGACUCUGGCAAGGGGAAGCGUGAAUGGGGAUUCCCUUCUUUCCAUCACUAACGCCCACGAAGGUUAUGUGUUCGUUAAUGCCCAGGAGACGUACACAACCGAGCAGUACCUCCAGAACCUAUUCCCCAAGAUCUCGUCUGAUGGCAUCAACCAAGUUACCACCGCAUACAACGGCUACCAGCAGCUACCUGCUGGUGGUGGAGCGGUCCCCGACAAUGUCAACACGGCCAUUGGAAUCAUGGGCGAAUCGAUUUUCUACUGCCCGACGUACUAUCUCCUCCAAGCCUUUCAGUCGGCGAACAAGAACGCGUGGAAGGGCCUCUUCGCUCCUCCCCCCGCGUUCCACGCGAUGGACAUUGGGUACUACUUCGGCUCGCAAGGUCAGGUGUUCACUAACUGGAACUUCGUCGCUUCGUUCUCGAAGUCUUUCUCCUCGUUCGUGAUCUCCUCGGACCCAAACCAGCACGUCGAUGCCGACGACGUGACGCCCCAGUGGAACACGUGGGCGACCGGGAACGCCGAGAUGCUGUUUAACGUCACGGACGCCGGUGACGCGGCGCUCGGCGCGUUCACGUCGGAUGCGGGAAUGGUAUCGCGCUGCGGUGUCUGGAACAAGCUGGGUCAGCUCACGGGUCAGUAAGCCAAGCUCUGAGCUUCGCCUUGGUCUUGGGCAGCGGUUAGACGCCAACUGUGAUGCCUCUCCGGGGACGUCCUGCGUUGAAGAGACUCAAUGGGAGCUUAGCUUAAUUUUUCUGGGUAGUAAAUUAUAUAUUUGUUGUUUCUGCUGGUUUCCAAGGUUAUUAUUUGUAAUGCUGCAUGCAUGUAAUCUUAAAUCAUUGACUAGUG